AUGAAGUUACAUUUCCAAGAGCCAGACUGGAAGUCAAGAGAGCAGGUGACUGACCUGCUUCGAAGCUUCACCACAAAACUGAUCCCAGGGACAUGGGACCAGUUCAGUGGGGCUACAACCCCCGCACUAGAACAGACCACAAUAGACCUGGCAACUGACGCCAUGUCCGAUACAAUUGGAGGCAAGAACCUCACCCAGUGGUUUGAAAAACUGGCCAUGGUUUUCCUGCUCAACCAACAGGAGAACGAAGCCAAAACCAACGACUAA